AUGGCCUUUACAGACCAAGAUUCAGUUUUCUACACAUCGAAUUGGAAAUGUUUCGCCAUGCUGUCGUCGCCUUUGGCGCAGGCCAUGAUUUCGCUCGACUGCAUUGAAAUCGCCGGUCUUUUCAUUAUUGCCAUUUGGUGGCUGGUGUCUCAACGGAAGAUCGAGCGCAAAUUCCGAGUUGUCCGAUGGCAUAAUUUUGGCCUGGCAAUUUCCCUCUGGCUAUUCUAUGCGACGUUCCGCUUCGCCGUCUUUUUGGUCCUCUGGUGUCCUUUCAUUGAUACAGCGGCCGACGAUUUCAAACUCGCAAUCGCACAGGCAGUUUUCCACUGGAUCCCCGUCUCGCUCCUUCUAUCCACCGUGUUAGGACCCAUUUGCCAGGGGCUGGACCGCCUGCGAAAUUCUCCGUCUGAAACAUGGAACCGAGCUACGAAGCUUUCCAUGACUCUUUUCACGAUAUUUGUUAUCAUAUACUUGGCCAUGAUGAUUGUAGAUGUCAAAAACAUCCUUAAGCAACGUGAAAUCGAGUCAGAAGACGACGCAAUUUCGCGCUUUUGGUACGUUGAACUGCUCAAGGACCUCUUACGCCCCAAAUACAUAGAGGUGUCCAAAGGUCUGGAGACUACCUGGCUCAUCCUAGCACUCGGUGGCAUAACGAAGAUGCUCUUCGCUGUCAGCCAUUGCAGCCAGGCUUCCUCUUCACUGAAAGCCUGGAUUUUCGCCCUCGCUUUUUCACUCUUCGGAUAUGGUGUCGUCAGGACGUUCCUGGCUUUCUGGGACGGGUCGGAAAUCAUCUUCCUCUUCUACAGCAACGCAUAUCUCGCGAAAUACACUCCCAUCCUAGUUUUCCCUGUCUUCUUUUCCUUGCUGGCUUUGUUGUCGGUCCUUCAGGUCGCGACGAGGUUGGGAAUGUUGCUCGCCGCCGACGCGAGCUUGUAUGAGGCUGAUCCCAAGCCGGAGCAGACGGCUGAAUCGAAAAAUGAGGACUCCAGCGUCUGA